AUGUUUGCUCGUGUAAUUAGUUUGAAUGGCAAACAGAGUGCGGCGCGUUUCGUGGCACGCAGUGGUGUUUGCAAUGGGACCCUUGCCGGCAGGUAUCUGAGCACGAGCCGGUUUCUGUUGCAGGAGGCGGAGAAGUCGAAAGGUAAAGCCGGUAAGUCGGUGCUGACGGACGAUAUGCUUUCCAAAGCGGGCAUUGAUCUUGACGACCCGUUGAGUGAGGGUGCUAAGGAUCCCGUGGAGCCCGCGGAGCCCGCGGCGGGGAAGAAGCGUGGUGGACGUCGCCGUCAGACAUCCUCUGAGAUCAAGCGGGAACGGUAUGCGAAUUGGUUCUACGUGUUUUCGCUUGCUGGGCUAGUGGGCACGUGUGGGUACAUGUGUCGUGACUGGGACUCCGAUGAGCCCGAGGAGAUGGUUUCGCAAGUGGAGAGAGGGUACGCCCCCUCGUUGAUGUACCAGCGGUUCAAGUUGCGGUUCAAUUCACUUUUCUCAUACUUCCAAGAACCACCGUUCCCUGACCUGUUACCGCCCCCACCGCCAGCACCAUACCAGAGACCGCUGACUCUAGUGUUGACUCUGGAGGAUCUUCUUGUUCACUCUGAGUGGUCGCAGAAGACUGGAUGGCGGACCGCCAAGAGACCCGGAGUCGACUAUUUCCUCGGGUACUUGUCUCAGUACUACGAGAUCGUGCUAUUUUCCUCGAAUUACAUGAUGUACUCUGAGCGUAUAGCGGAGAAGUUGGACCCGUUGCACGCGUUCAUCUCGUACAAUCUUUUCAAAGAGCACUGUGUGUACAAGGACCACGUGCACAUCAAGGAUCUGAGCAAGUUGAACCGCGACGUGAGGAAAGUCGUGAUCAUGGACACGGACGCCAACAGUUACAAAUUACAACCUGAGAACGCGUUGCCGAUGGCCCCCUGGGACGGUAAGCCGGACGACAAGCUGAUCCAAAUGAUCCCUUUCUUGGAGUACCUUGCGACGCAGCAAGUGGACGACGUGCGGCCUGUCCUGGGCAGUUUCCCUGAUCGGCGGGAGAUCCCCAGUGCGUUUGCGCAGCGUGUGAGUAAAUUGCGCGAGAAGUACACCGAGGACCAAGCGAAGAAGGCGGAGGGCAACUGGGCACUGAAGCUGCUCGGUGUGGGAGCCACUGCGGGCGGUGCCCGGUCCAAGUUCCCUCUCGACCUGAUCCGAGACGAGGGGGAGAAGAACUACGUACGGUUCAUGAAGCUCAUCGAUGAGGAGAAGGAGAAGUUGCGGAUCCAGCAGGAGAAGAUGGCCGGGAAGACCACGUUCACCCUCAAGGACUACGUCGAGGGCAACGUGCCCACCCAGAGCAACAGAUGGAGCAGCAGUUGA